AAGUCAAUUCAAGGACAAUAUCAACGUAGUGGAGUUUAAGCUUUGUAUUUCUCCAACCAAAAACCCAGCUUUUAAAGGUAUCACCAAUGGAUUACUCAACUGUCUUCAGGCUAUCUUCUGUUCCACCAUUUUUAGGAGUAAUACCAAAACCAAACAACGGAAAAUAUAUCCCUUCAAGGCCAUGGCCGCGCAGAACUUCUCAGUCUACGCGUGUCGUCUGCAGCAAGAUGUUUGUCCCUGGAUUUGGAGAAGCAUCUCCAGAGGCAAAGGCAGCCAAGAAUCUUCACCAUUUCUUCACAUACAUUGCAGUUAAAAUAGUUGCUUCCCAGCUUCAGAGCUAUAACCCAGAAGCACACCAGGAUUUAAUGGAAUUCUUGAAUACACACUCCUUAAGUGAUGGAGACAAGUUUUGUGCAGACUUGAUGAGAGAAUCCUCCAAGCAUAAAAGUUUAGCACUACGAAUUCUUGAGGUUCGGUCAGCUUACUGCAGCAACGACUUUGAGUGGGACAACUUGGAGCGGUUAUCAAUGAAGAUGGUAAACGAAUCAAACACGCAGCUCAUGAGGGAAUAUGUCCAAGAAACUAGUCAUGUCGAGAGCUAGGAGCAAAACAGCUAUUCUAGUAUAAUCACAAAGGCCAGCACACUAAGACGUAAGAACGGAGUUCAUUUAUAAGAGCUCAAAGAUUUACAAGUUUUCAAGGCAUGUACACAAAGAAUCCAAUUUGAUAUGUAUAUUUUGUAAAUUUCAUCAGCAAACUUGGACGAUUUUAGUUGUAAUAUGAACAAUUCAAAUUGUUGGUGAUGUUUGCUGGUAGGAGAAAAUUUAUACAUGUAAAACUCAUA